CCGGCCCCAGAUAGCACGGGAGCUCAUCGAGAUGUGUCGGGUGUGCACGAGCGUGACCCCAGACGAGCCCCAGGUGUGGCUGGGGUCAGACAAGGCCUUCACCUACGACUACGUCUUCGACAUGGGCACCCUGCAGGGGGAGGUCUACGACACCUGCGUGGAAGGGCUCAUCGAGGGAUGCUUCGAUGGCUACAACGCCACCGUGCUCGCUUAUGGCCAGACCGGCUCGGGGAAGACCUACACCAUGGGCACAGGACUCGAGGUGGACUCCAGGGAGGACACUGUGGGCAUCAUACCCCGGGCAGUGGACCACCUCUUCAGGGGCAUAGAGGAGAGGAGGGCGGCCGCCAAGGAGGCGGAGACCACGCCCCCCGACUUCAAGAUUACCGCCCACUUCAUGGAGCUUUACAACGAGGAGAUCAUUGACCUGUUCGAACCCGACUUCAGGGGAUCGGGUAAAGGUGGAGUUCGUAUCCAUGAGGACGCUGGCGGGGGGAUAUACGUCACGGGCAUCUCAACGCGCACGGUCACGUCCAUGGAGGAGACGAUGCAGUGCCUCAGGGCGGGUGCCUUGUCUCGGACGACGGGUUCGACCAACAUGAACACCCAGUCCUCCAGGUCGCAUGCGAUAUUCACCCUUCUAGUCAAACAGCAGAGGUUGUCUCCUAUACAGGACCCAGAAAACCCCGAAGAAGUCCCUGAGUUCGAAACGCUAACGGCCAAGUUCCACUUCGUUGAUCUGGCAGGAUCAGAACGUCUGAAACGAACUGGAGCCACUGGUGAAAGGGCUCGGGAGGGAAUUUCCAUUAACUGUGGACUGCUAGCCUUAGGAAAUGUGAUUUCAGCUUUGGGGGACAUCAGCAAAAAGGCAUCCCAUGUCCCUUAUAGGGACUCCAAAUUGACACGCUUACUUCAGGAUUCUCUUGGAGGCAACAGUAGAACACUGAUGAUAGCCUGUGUGUCUCCCAGCGACACGGACUUCAUGGAAACGCUCAACACCUUGAAGUACGCCAACCGAGCUCGUAACAUCAAGAACAAGGUCACCGUGAACCAGGAUAAAGCCAGCAAGGCCAUCGCCUUGCUACGGCAGGAGAUUCAACAGCUGAAGAUCGAGUUGAUGGAGUACAAACAGGGCAAACGCAUCAUCAGCGAAGACGGAUGCGAGGCUGUGAAUGAUAUGUACCACGAGAACCAGAUGCUCGCAAGCGAGACAAACAACAUGCGGAACAGAAUCAAGGCUAUGCAGGAGACCAUCGACAUGCUGACGACCAAGAACACGGCCCUCUUGGCUGAGAAGGAAACGAGUGGUUGGAUCAGCUCUGGCGAAGACACCGAUAUGGCGACAGUCAUCCAGGGUUACCUCAAGGAAAUCGAAGACCUCAGAGCCAAGCUCUGCGAGAGCGAGAAUCUCUGCCAACAGCUGAGGAAACAACUUAACAAUCAGGCAAACAGACCAGCAAGACUGUCAGGCUCACCUUUGCAUGUGCCUAUGUCAGGUUCAAUGUUUGGCGUCAUGGACGAGCCAACUCAGAGCUUCACCGAGCUCAUAGAAGAAGCCAAGAGAGACCUCACCAAAGAUUUGCAAGUCAUGGAAAGAAAGAAACGAGUAUCGGAAGGCUCUGGGUCGGCUGACGACGAAGAAAAUGAAGAGGAAGAAGGAGGCGCCGACGAUGACAACGAGGAGGACGUGGAAAGUUCUGAUGAGAGUGGAGAAGACAAAGAAACAUAUUGCUGGGGAUUUUACAACGAAGAUGAGGAUGAUGAAUCGGAUGUAGAGGUCCCUGAAGAAAACUACACAGAGGAACUGGCUGAGUUGACGAGUGAAAUCUCCAUCAAACAGAAGCUGAUCGAGGGGUUGGAGCAGAGUCAGCGACGUCUCGAGACUAUGAGACAACAAUACGAGGACAAGCUGAACAUGUUGAUGAACAGGAUAAGAGCCACCCAGGAAGAAAGAGAUAAGGUCUUAUCGAACAUCAAGUCAGGGUCGUCCCAAAGUGACGAGAAGAUCAAGUCAAUCAAGAAGGAGUACGAGAGGAAGAUAGGCAACAUGCAGCAGGAAAUGAAGAAGCUCCAAGCUGCACAGAAAGAGCAUGCGAAACUGAUGAGGGAGAGGUCGCAGCACGAGAGACAGCUGAGGACGCUGAAGAAUGAUCUGGCUGAAAUGAAGAAAGUGAAGGUCAAGCUCAUGAAUAAAAUGAAAGAGGACAACAACAGGGCGAAGCAGGACCAGAUGAGGAAGAACAAGGAGAUCGCCCAGCUUCGCAAAGCCUCCCGCAAGCAGGAGAACUACAUAAAGAGCUUAGAGGCUGAUAAUAGACUUAAGAAUGUCGUGUUGAAGAGGAAAACGGAGGAGAUUGCAGUAUUAAAGAGAGCUCCCAAGCAGGGGCUUAGUAAUAAGGCGGCCGGAAGGCUUAGGAGAAAGGUUGGAGCAGGACAUCUUACUAACUUCUCGCCCAAGGUUGCCAAAAACAAGUGGCAGAAUUUGGAACAGUCGAUAAACAAGGUUGCGUACAACAAACAGACUGUCAGCAGCAUGGAACGGGAUAUGGAGAGAUGGCUGAAGGAGAGAGAGUCGUUGAGCAGGCAGCUAGAACGGGUAAUGAGAAAGAGAGAGAGGUCGGACCCAUCCGACAUUGCCAGCUACAACGACAUGAACGAUCAGGUGGAAGCUCUGAAAGCCAACAUCGACUACAUUCACGAAAACAUUCGGGAAUGUCAAGAGAACAUCAUGAGUAUGGAGGAAAGUAAGGAAACUUCGGAGCUGCUUCACUCCGACAACAUCACCUCCGGCUUGGGUGUCGAUGAGUCCCACUACUUAAUUAAUAAGCUUAUAACCAUGACAGUCUCCCAGGCUACUCUGGCAGCACAAAGACAGGCAGAGAUCUCGGAACUGGAGGGAAAAAUGAAGCAGUACGAACAGACGACAAGCGUGCAAGAACAGCUCCUGGCACAUGUUUUAGGGGACAAGGACAUGGAAGUGUACAGCUUGAUGUCAUCUCUCGUCGCUGCGGAAGACAACACGCCUGCGUCCACCGAGUCUUCCAGAUCUAAUUCUCCGACAGAUGGCCUGAUGGAGUCAUCUGCCACUUCGCUAGUCUUCUCAUCCGAUUCCCUAAAAAGGAGGGACAAAGCGCGGCGCAAAACAGCCACCACAGAGGACAUGCUCUUCAACAACGGCUCCGAGAAGAAUGGAAACGCCAGCGGAACGGAUGCCAGUGCCAACACGACUCCGGUGGGAACAAUAGUAGGUGCCAUGCCCAUCGUAGCGUUGGAACGUCUGGCUGCCGAGCGGGCAUCUUCGGACCGGAUGAGCAGGAGCCACGUUGGAGACAGGAUGACCACAAGUCUUGAGGGAACUCUUGGUGAAGAUGGGCUUUUGAUGCCUCCACCUUCUGGGUCCCACAGGGCCGUCCCUCGGGUCACGUCGGCUCCGAAUCCUCUCAAAAAUCUGAUGACCAAUCGAGCAGACAAAUCAUCACCCAUUCUUAGUCGCAAGUCAUACGAGCGCCAGGAAUCCACUUCUCCCCGCCUGGGCAGAAGGUCCCUCACGUCUCUUAGCACGUCUAAUCUAAAUUAUUCGAGGCAAAGCUCAGUAGAUAAUAAUCCAGAAAUGACCCCUCCCACCUCCCCUACGACGUACCGGCGAUCGACUUCUCGGGAGGAGAACGUCUUUUCGAGGUUGACUUCAACCACCUCCUCUACGCGGGAAGCGAGGCCCGACACUGGCGUGAUUAAUCCACAUGCUGGCAGGGUAAGCCAGCGCUCUGUCCUAGCCUGUACACAUGUAGCUCAGGGUCACUCUAAAGCUGUUCUGUCAGUCUAUGCUACUGACGACCUCCUCUUCUCUGCAUCCAAAGAUCGUACUGUUAAGAUGUGGGAUUUGGUUAGAGGGCAGGAAAUCCAGUCAUUAGGAGGACAUCCCAACAAUGUCAAUUGCGUCAGGUACUGCGAAUCGCAGCGAGUUUGUUUUUCUGUUUCCUCGUCAUUUAUCAAGGUCUGGGACAUCCGCGAGAACCCCGCCAAGUGUAACAAGAUGCUGACCUCAUCAGGUUUGGCCUCAAGCGGCGUCACGCAAAUCAGCACCCAGUCCAGAACGUUGCAGAUGCCCCCCGGAGAGACCUUAAUCACGGAUAUUGCCAUAUCGACAUCUACUAAUAUCUUGUACUCUGCAGCUGGGAAUAUUGUCAGAAUAUGGGACUUGAGGAAGCACACAGCUGUAGGGAAACUCGCAGGGGGUCACCAGGCAGCUGUUAUGUGCCUUGCUGUUGACUCGACUAUUCCAGGCCAAGACGUCAUUGCAACUGGGUCAAAAGAUCAUUAUAUUAAGGUAUUCGACGUCGCAUCCAGUAACUCUGGUUUGGUUAACCCAAGGCUAAAUCUAGACCCUCCGCACUAUGAUGGCAUCCAGUCCCUGGCAUUGUAUGGCGACACUCUCUUCUCAGGAUCUCGUGACAUGUGUAUUAAGAAGUGGGACCUGCAGCGGGGUGAGCACGUGCAGUCAUUGAACAAUGCGCACAAGGACUGGGUGUGUGCGCUUUGUUUCACACCAGGAGGCCAGAUUGUUCUCUCAGGUUGCCGUGGGGGAGUCAUCAAAAUGUGGUCGGCUGAAAGUUGCCAGCUGAUCGGUGAAUUGAGAGCGCACGCUUCGCCAAUCAAUGCCAUCACCACCAAUUCUACAUGUAUCUUUACUGCGUCCAAUGAGGGAGAUAUCCGCGUUUGGAGACCCCUCGUGGGUGUAGCAGCUGGCAGAACUUUUGAGCUGUCUCUCUAAGCUUCCUCUGAGCUACGCGGCAAAAGUGAACGAUUGCACCAUCGGCAUGUGGCGUAUGAGGACGAGUUACGACGUUUCGCCCGAGCUUUCCGACGCUUCGUGACCUGAGGUUGCGCAGCCGUUUCUGUGGGAUCCUGCAUUUUAGGGCCUGCGUUUGUAAGUAACGGCUUUGAAUCUGCUCUCCUAAGAAAAAUGGAAGGAAGCUGCAGAAACAAGUCUCCAGUAUCUCAUGAAGCUCUGAAAGAAACUUGACAGUUUCUCAUGAAGAAUAACUUAAUUUAAUUCACAGCUCUUUCUGGAACACAAAACGUUCGUUCCGCGGAACUGAGAUGAUAAUAAUGUAAGAUGUUUAGAAAAGUGACCAGUCUCACAUCUAUCUGUAAAAUAUCUUUCCUUGACAUCUGUUAUUGUUGUUGUAAGAUCAGAGUACAGAUACCACUAAAUACCAGAACUUAUUUUAGAGGUUAUCUCAUUUUUUUUUUUACUGUGCUGCAUACUUUGCUGUCUGCAAAACUUCUUUAGCAGUACUACGUAAGUAAUUUCAGUGUAAGGUGCUGCAACUUCAAGGUUUUAUUAAUGUAUUUUUUAUUGAUAGACAUUUUACAGUUUUAGAUGCGAAAUUUUUAAAGAUUGUUGUUUUAAAUGAUUAUAUACAUUUCUCUUGUGUGCAGGUAAAGUUACUGUAUUUGUCAAACUUUGUGCAUUAUUCUCUUCUUUGUACCAUUAAAAAAUAUGGUAGUUUGAGUUCUGUAAUACAAAGAAAGGUCAUUCAUAUGGUCCUAGGCAGCCUUGAUAAUUAGGUACAUAGUUAUAUUUUAGUUAGUUUCAAUAAUCAUUUGCUAAAGUAAAAAAUAGAAUGGUUUUUAAUUUUAUGCUACAGUGAAUGAGCCUUCACCACUGGUUGGUGUGCAAUCAUUUACCUAAGAUUUCUGCUUGCACGUUGAGGAGCUUCGUAUAACUUCAAAAAGAAGACGACGAAUUACACUCGAACUUAUGGUAUUAUUGACACGCGAUAUUUAAUUAACACUUUUAGCGAUACCAGUAGACAUUUAUGCGAGAGAAAGCAGUAUAUGUAAUUUAUGUGUGAUUGUCCUAAGCUUGUGGUUCGUCAUGUGCCUUGCUUUGUGCCUUCUUAGAGAAGGGUGUUAUAUGCAUUUCUCCAUCUUGUUUUUACCCAGUUCGAUCAUAAACAAACGCCUCUCGAUUGUAAGCCCUGUUAAAUGUCGAGGUCGAUGAUACGUUAUAUAACACUAGUAAGCAACUUGCAUUGUGUGUUUUCCCCACAACUAAGAGUUAUGUGAACUUCAAGUUAGCAAUGCAUACUUUCAUCUCAGCCACUAUAUAUAUAACUCCGUGUGAUGACAUUAUGUCUGUUAUUUAUCAAAAUUUUCCAAAGGCAGACGCAAAUAUCUAUCUCAUCAGUAUAAGCGUGAAUGUAACAUAUUUCACAGGAUAAAUAUACUAUAGAGAGUGAAUUAUGUGUAAUCUGCACUCGUUAUAAGUGCAAUAUAGAGGAAUAUUCUUUUUUCAGCCAUUGUGCAUUUCCGUUUUAUGAUAAAAGGAUCAUAGUUCCUCAGAAUGAAAGGUGAGUUUGCAGGGUAUUAUAGUCUUGUGAACAGUAAUAAUUAGUGUCUAUUUAUCUAUUUAAGAAGGGUAAAACUAAUAUCAUUACCCGAACUCCCUUUCUGAUCUUCCAGUACUAAGUCGUGGUUUUUGCCUUUCAUGGUCAAAAUCAGCGUCAACGGGACUUCAAGCUCUCAUGGUGUCUAGUUUCAGUAGUUUUAGGGUCGUAAAUAAUACAUCUCCCACAAAGAUACCAUUAUUUAAAAUAGAGGAAACCAUAUUUUACAGAUGAUUGUGACUGGUCCAUUUCUCAUAAAUCAAGAGGAAAUACAUUUCUUCAAAGAAGCACAUCACUGAAGAUUCUUUUUCUUGAUACCACUCGUAUAACGUAUAUUAUAAUAAUAAACUUUUGCCUCCAAAUGGUUCACACACACACACACACACACACAAACACACACGUCUGCAAUGUUAUGGCGAGAUGACGUCGUCAAGUCACUCGUUAUAGUUGCUGAAAUAGAAAUGAUAGGUUAAUUUGAUUAGGUUUUUCCUCCAAGUAUUGCUUGUGUAGUAAGAUAACAAAAGAUAAAUUUAUUGUAAGUGUUCUCUAUAGGUAAAUUUAAGAUCCUGGCAUGCGGGUGCUGUCUCCAGUUUGAACUGGUGUGCUCUGGUACUGUUUACAGUUUGAACUGGUGUUCUCUAGUGCUGUCUACAGUUUUGACUGGUGUACUCUGUCACCAUUCCCCCCCGUGUCUGCCAUUCCAUUUUUAUUAUGACGUUAGGUUGUGAUUUCUUUAAAGACGGCUGUGUGGUUCAACCUGAAGCACAUAGUAGCCUAAUUCUUUCAUUUAAAAAAUACGGAAGAUAUUUGUACUCUUUCACAAAUUCUUCCUGUGUUUUAUGUAUAGUUCUGUAUAGAUUUAAUGCUAAAUAUCCCCCAAAAAAUUAAAGAAAAAAAGAUUUUGGAGCCAAACUGUUAAGCAUUUAAGGAGUUACUUUUGUAUAAAAUUAUUUCUUUUUUAGUACGUUUUUCUCUUUUUUUGUACAUUUUACUGACUUGACUUCAUGUUCUGUAAAAAUAAAUACACUUCAUAAUUCAUCUCAUUAAAGUACAGUUUCUUAGUGUCGACACUUUUUUUUUAAGUACAAUCUCACUUUUAACUUGCUUCUUUUAACUCUCUUUUAACCUAGUGGUUCACAGCGAUUUGUGAACACUGCAAAUUAGAAGUAGAAUGUAAUGUUUUCAUUCAUUUUCAUUACAAUAAUUGUACCCGUUACCCAAUACUGUGAUAGCUUUGUUUCAUUGUUAUGUAUAUAUAUAAACUGUCCUCCUUGUUUUACUAGAGAUAUCUCUCUGUCUCUCUGCAGUUAUCACUCAGAAUGUUGAAAAGAAAUACUAUUAUCAACUUUAUCUUUGCACGUCAUGCUUAUAGGUUAGUGUGCCUUAAUGUGCAAGAGAUUUUAUUUCCUUUUUGUUACGUGUGAGUUUUUACCAAUUGGGAAUUUCACGCGAUGCAUAGUCAGUCUCUUGGUCGAUCUGUGAUAUGCCAGAUUCUGAAAGCCAGUGCGGUCUGAACGAUGAUGAUAUAAAAUUCUUGGAAGAUGGAUGGUGGGUAAAGAGAAAUCUAGCACAUGUGAGAGAAAAUAGGACCAAGUGAUUGUCUUACUUUCUUUUCUUUUAUUCAGCAUAACGAGGAUAAAUAUUUUCUCGUCUUUACUUUUCAUCGCUUCCCAAAAUCCCCACACAGUUUGUGAUACGGCAUUAUAUGCAUUCCAUGGGUUGGAUACCAGGAAGGCCCUUAGCAGCUCAUACAUUUUAAGAUUUCAAAUCCUACACCUCGGACUUGUAUUCACUGUCACACUGCUAUCGAUCGAUCUUGUCGUAUGUACAUAUUUGAAGAUGUUCUGUGAACAGAAGUAUUUUUAUAUAGUGCAAGCCAAAAAAUGUUGCAAUUGUAAUGUCAUGCUCUACCCAGAACAAGUAGGUAUGUGUAAUAUGUACUAAUAAAAUGUUAAACCAGUU